CUGUACCGGCAGUGAGCGUGCGCGCGCGAGAGAGAGAACGAUUGAACGAGUGAGUAAGCGAGUAAGCGCUCGUGCUCUUCUUGUCUGCCUGUACGGUUGAACAGUGUUAGCAUUAGCGCGCGCUUCAGGCUCCCAGUGCGUUCUCACUUUUCCGCGCGGGUUCCGCUCAUCUGCACGCGCGGACAGUACAUUCAGUACGAGCUUGGGCGCGUCUCAAAUCCAUCUCACGAGACACAAUGUCCGCCAAAGCCAUCUCGGAGCAGACAGGGAAGGAGUUCCUGUACAAACACAUCUGCACCACCGCGGCCAUCCAGAACCGCUUCCUGUACGCCAGCGUUACGGCCGAGACCGACUGGGAGCGACUCGCUCAGGACCAUCCAUGGCUCCUCAAACAGCGACUGGUUGUAAAGCCUGAUCAGCUGAUCAAGCGCAGGGGGAAGCUGGGCCUGGUGGGUGUCGACCUCGACCUCCACGGUGUUCGUGAUUGGCUCAGGUCACGCAUGAUGAAAGAAACCACAGUCGGAAAGGCGACGGGCAUCCUGAAGAAAUUCCUCAUCGAGCCGUUUGUGCCGCACUCACAGGAGGAGGAGUUUUACGUGUGUAUCUACGCCACACGUGAGGGAGAUCAUGUGCUUUUCCAUCACGAAGGAGGUGUGGACAUCGGGGACGUCGACUCCAAAGCGCAGCGCCUGAUGGUCGGCGUGGACGAGAAACUCACGUUGACCGCGGUGACCGAGAACCUGCUCACACACGUCCCUGAGGAGAAGAAAGAGGUUUUGGCCAGUUUUAUCGUCGGACUCUUUAACCUGUACGAGGAUUUGUACUUCACCUAUCUGGAGAUCAACCCGCUCGUUGUCACACAGGAAGGUGUGUAUGUACUGGACAUGGCGGCCAAAAUUGACGCCACCGCCGAUUUCAUCUGUAAACCGAAGUGGGGCGAUGUGGAGUUCCCUCCUCCGUUUGGCAGAGAAGCCUAUCCCGAGGAAGCCUACAUAGCAGAUCUGGAUGCUAAGAGCGGCGCAAGUCUUAAACUCACCCUGCUGAACCCCAGAGGCCGAAUCUGGACCAUGGUGGCGGGAGGAGGAGCUUCCGUUGUCUACAGUGACACUAUCUGUGACCUGGGCGGAGUGAACGAGCUGGCGAACUAUGGCGAGUACUCUGGCGCUCCAAGUGAACAGCAGACAUAUGACUACGCCAAGACCAUCCUCUCGCUCAUGACUCGUGAGAAACACCCCGACGGUAAAGUUCUGAUCAUUGGAGGAAGCAUCGCUAACUUCACAAAUGUUGCAGCAACAUUUAAGGGCAUUGUGAGAGCCAUUAAGGACUACCAGGGUCCUCUGAAGGAGCAUGAGGUCACUAUUUUUGUGCGUCGAGGUGGACCGAAUUACCAAGAAGGCCUAAGGGUGAUGGGGGAAGUCGGAAAGACCACUGGGAUUCCCAUCCAUGUCUUCGGCACCGAGACUCACAUGACCGCCAUCGUUGGCAUGGCCCUAGGACAUCGCCCGAUCCCAAAUCAGCCGCCGGUUGCCGCGCACACUGCCAAUUUCCUGCUUAACUCGAGCAGCAGUGCCGCGACUCCAGCAGCGACCAGAACUGCUUCAUUUUCUGAGCACACACCUAACAACGACAUCACACCUGCUAAAAAGCCCAAACCCGGAGUUCCACCAGUGUCCUCUCUCUACCAAACUCGGUCGGUGAAGAGUGCAUGCAGCACCAGAGUCAAAGAGCGCAAGAGAACAGCAGAGCGGAGCAGAGCUAAAGCUACAACUCUGUUCAGUAAGUCCACCAAGUCGUUAGUGUGGGGGAUGCAGACACGAGCGGUUCAGGGAAUGCUGGACUUCGACUACGUCUGUUCUCGUGACGAGCCCUCGGUAGCUGCCAUGGUUUAUCCUUUCACAGGAGACCACAAGCAGAAGUUCUACUGGGGUCACAAGGAGAUCCUGCUCCCCGUUUAUAAGAACAUGGCCGACGCUAUGAGGAAGCACCCGGAGGUGGACGUCCUGAUCAGCUUUGCGUCUCUCCGCUCGGCCUUCGACAGCACUAUGGAGACCAUGAACUACCCCCAGAUCCACACUAUAGCAAUCAUAGCCGAGGGAAUCCCUGAGGCGCUCACACGGAAACUCAUCAAAACGGCAGAUGAAAAAGGGGUCACCAUCAUCGGCCCAGCCACGGUGGGCGGGAUUAAGCCGGGCUGCUUUAAGAUUGGGAACACUGGCGGGAUGCUGGACAACAUCCUGGCGUCGAAGCUGUAUCGCCCUGGCAGCGUGGCAUACGUGUCCCGCUCGGGGGGCAUGUCUAACGAGCUCAACAACAUCAUCUCUCGCACAACGGACGGCGUGUACGAGGGCGUGGCCAUCGGCGGAGACAGAUAUCCCGGAUCAACCUUCAUGGACCACGUGCUGCGAUAUCAGGACACGCCCGGGGUGAAGAUGAUCGUGGUGCUUGGAGAGAUCGGCGGUACAGAUGAGUAUAAAAUCUGUGAGGGCAUUAAGGAGGGCAGGAUCACUAAACCUGUGGUGUGCUGGUGUAUCGGUACCUGCGCCACACUCUUCUCCUCCGAGGUGCAGUUUGGCCAUGCGGGUGCGUGCGCUCAUCAGACCUCGGAGACGGCUAUGGCGAAGAAUGAGGCGCUAGCGGAGGCCGGGGUUUACGUUCCCAAGAGCUUUGAUGAGCUUGGAGACGUCAUCAGGACGGUGUACGAGGAACUGGUGGCGAGUGGCGUUAUUGUUCCUGCGCAGGAAGUUCCCCCUCCCACAGUGCCGAUGGAUUACUCCUGGGCCAGGGAGCUGGGUCUGAUCCGUAAGCCAGCCUCCUUCAUGACGAGUAUCUGUGACGAGCGAGGUCAGGAGUUGAUCUACGCUGGGAUGCCCAUCACUGAGGUCUUUAAGGAGGAGAUGGGUUUAGGUGGAGUUCUCGGCCUGCUCUGGUUCCAGCGGAGGUUGCCCCGGUACGCGUGUCAGUUCAUUGAGAUGUGUCUGAUGGUGACGGCGGAUCACGGUCCCGCUGUAUCCGGAGCUCACAACACCAUCGUGUGUGCUCGUGCUGGGAAAGACCUCGUCUCCAGCCUCACAUCCGGCCUGCUCACCAUUGGCGAUCGGUUCGGUGGUGCUCUGGACGCAGCUGCUAAACAGUUCAGUAAGGCGUUCGACAGCGGCAUGCUGCCCAUGGAGUUUGUCAACAAGAUGAAGAAAGACGGCAAACUCAUCAUGGGCAUCGGACAUCGUGUCAAAUCAAUUAAUAAUCCAGAUAUGAGAGUGCAGAUCCUAAAGGACUUUGUAAAGCAGCACUUCUCCGCCACACAACUGCUGGACUACGCUCUGGAUGUGGAGAAGAUUACCACCUCCAAGAAGCCAAAUCUGAUCCUGAACGUAGACGGUUUUAUCGGCGUGGCGUUUGUGGACUUGUUGCGAACUUGUGGAGGAUUCACUCGAGACGAGGCGGACGAGUUCGUGGAAAUUGGCGCUCUAAACGGGAUUUUCGUUCUGGGACGCAGCAUGGGCUUCAUCGGUCACUACCUGGACCAAAAGCGGUUGAAACAGGGCCUGUACCGGCACCCAUGGGACGACAUCUCCUACGUGCUUCCUGAGCACAUGUCCAUGUGACCGUCAUGGCUGCUGUUUUAUGUCUCUAACCCUAUGGGAAGUGUUUCAUUCAGAGUAUAAACCGGAGGUGGCGGGAGAAUUAAGUGCGCUAGUCAUAUUUACAUGCCAAUUAGGGAACACUUAUUUAACUUCUGACCCUGCAUCUCCGUGCUGCACCUUGCACGCACAUGUGCACAAUAACACGCACGCACGUACGUCGACUUCCCCUUGUACUUUUUGCGCUUUAGCAACUUUUUACUCACACACUCCAGCAGCAAGAACACUAAAGCCUGCUAGCAAGAAAACCAACUGGUUAUGUGUAACGAUCAGCUGGUUCCGAAAGUAACCCUGUAGUUGACUGCUUAACAUGAUAAUGGCUACCAGAUAACUACUCAGCUUGAUAACUAGCACUCAAGCAUACUAACUGGGAUCAUGGCUUACUAUGUUGUUAAUUAAUUAGCUUAAGAACUGGUCGACUUGCAAAUAGCUAACUUAAACGACAUUCCUGUUAGUAUACUUUUAGUUCAAUCAAAAUUAACUGAAGCUCAAUUUUUUACAAACUUUGAUAACAAGCUGACUAGCAGAAGCUGUUUAAUGGAUGUAUGCUAGCUAAUUAAAAGCUAGUUAUCAGUGUGAUUUAAUAGAUGCUUUCACAACUAACGUUUGCCAAUCACUUUUAUUAUCUAGUGUGACAACUAGCUUGGAUUAUGACCACUUGUAUUGCUAACAGGAAGCUAGUUAUUAAUACGGCUAGUUUUCACAGUAGGUCAUAAGUAGGAGUAGUAGGAGUAGGAGUAUCUGAGUAGGAAGUUCUCUAACAGUUAUGAAACCAGAUGAUAAGAUGGCACUAAUAACUAGCCUCCUGUUAACUACCGUAAUAACAAGGCUGGUAACUAGUGGUCUUGCUAACCAUGAUAACUAGCCGGCUUCAUAACUAGCUUGUUAGAUUGAUAAAUGUUUAGUGCCAGGUUGCAAAGCAUUCUGGGUCAUUCUUUUGGGCUUGAAGUUGACGAGGGGAAGAUGACUUUUUUUCUAUAAGGAUUUCUUUUUUAAAGUUUAGUUUAUUUCUCACACACACACUCUCUCUUACACACACUCCUGCUUUACUCAGUAAUAAAUAUAAUAAAAGCAGCUUGCACACUUGUAGCUUUGUGUCUGGGUUUAGGUCAGUUUAUGCUUGUUACUGAAACUGGAAGAAAAAUAAUUUAAUGUCUGAUGUUACUAUGUUUGAGAUUGAGGGGGAGAAAGACUGAUUGAUGUGUUACAGAUUCAUGUGUUAGAGCCUCUCUGCAUGAUCUAAUACUUUUCUAAUCACGCAACCCACUUCCUGUUUGUUUGUUUGCUGUUUGGGUAAGACUGGGAUUCUCCGUUACAGCUCUGUUUUUAAAUUUCCCUAUUUAAAUAUCAAAUCAAACAGCUUUUUGCUAUGUCAUAUUUUUUUUCUUUCUUUUUCUUAUUUAAAAUACAUGCCUAAAACUGUAAUAUUGUAGAAUAUAAUAAAGUAAUUCUUGGUUAUA